CGUGUGCUGCCCAGCGUAUAUAAGAGAGAGCACAGGAAAGGGGAGCCUCACCGAAACGCACAGGCGACGGAAGGGAAGAGGAUGAGGGUCGCCCGCUUCACCUUCCCCUUGCUGCUGCUGUUGUUGGGCUUCGCCCACUCAGGCAAUGGUGCUAACAUUGCACAGUUUGCCCGUGACUACGCCCCAUAUCUGCGUUUUGACUCAGAGGCAGGAAAUUCAGACAAAUGUUUCCCUCACAAUGCCCAAGACUUCUACAGCACACGCCAGGCAGGGGACUGGUCGAGGCAAUGCAACACUGACUACAACUCUGUUGUGACCGGGACGAUCCCCACAUACUGGCACGCCAUGACCUGUGGAUACCAUCUCCACAUAGCUUACUGGCACUUCUAUGGUUACAAUGAUGACUGUGACUGCUGCUCAGGGGAGAGGGAUGCCUGGUGGGAAUUCAUUGUCGUUAAGAUUCGUGACUGGGACCUAAGCCCUCGCCUGCAUGAGGUGAUGUUUGGGCAGAAGAAAGGGUGGUACACACGCAUCCCUGGCCACUAUGAGACUUUCAAUGUGACUCAUCCAGUGGCUUAUGUUGGCAAGAGUCACCAUGGUACCUUCCAUGAUGAUGGUGGUACUGGCACCUGCUGUUACUAUGAGGACUUCAGGAAGCCAGGAAGUUCAGACCAGUACAUGAAGACGUGGGAGAACUUGAUGGAGAUGAAGGAAACAGGCGGAGAGGAAUGGAUGUCAGACCCUGGCACAGAUUUCUGGCAUGGGCUACAUUCUCCCGUCUAUAGGAGUGACUGGGACCUCUGUAGCCUUGUGGGAUGUACCGGCUCCAACCUCCAGGUCUGUGGAACUUGUGGCUGCCACAAGAGUGACAUUGAUGAAGAUCCCUUCUAACUUAAUCCAGCAGCUUUACUCUCGAGAAAAAAAAGAAAAAAAAAAAGUCCUUCUUCAUAAAAUUCAGCACAAUCCUUACAAGAACUUAUUGGCAUAUCAUUUUUCAUUAUUAGUUCUCUUAAAAAAAUCAAAAUGAUCAUAUAAAAAGACUAAAUGGGCAACAAUGUGGAAACUUUAUUCUGUAUAAAAUAUUUACAUAUACAGUUAAUAAGUUCCUUUUUAUAUUAAAUGACUAUAUGGUUUCUGCCAAAGAGGAAACAACCAAAUAAAUAAAUGUUCACCUGAA